CAAUUCUUGAAACCGUUCAGAGAAGUAUUUCGCGCAAAGAGACCUGCCGGGUCCCAGGAAAUAUUUAAAAGGAAGCCAGCUGGUAGUUUAUGAAGUAAUUUGGACCUUUCCUUUUCUGCUUCGGCAGAACUACUUUACAGCCAUGUCUCGCCCAGAAGAUACUCUCCCCCCCGAUCUCCACUACAAUGAUGCCGAAGCCAAGAAAUACACCACAUCCUCCCGAAUCCAAAACAUCCAGGCGUCCAUGACGCACCGCGCUCUGGAACUCCUCGACCUUGACCGCCCCUCCAUGAUCCUCGACGUGGGCUGCGGCUCUGGUCUCUCCGGCGAGAUCCUCUCCUCUGUCGACCCAUCCGAAGGCGGCCCUCACAUAUGGGUCGGGAUGGACAUCUCCGCUUCCAUGUUAGACGUGGCGCUGCAGCGAGAUGUGGAGGGCGAUCUGAUGCUGGCCGAUAUUGGACAGGGGGUCCCGUUCCGCGCCGGUAGUUUCGAUGCCGCCAUCUCGAUCAGUGCGAUCCAGUGGCUGUGCAAUGCUGAAAGUAGCGAGGUUUCGUCGACGGGUAGGCUGUCGAGGUUCUUUAAUGGCUUGUAUGCGAGCCUGAAGAGAGGUGGAAGAGCAGUUUGCCAGUUCUAUCCGAAGAAUGAUCAGCAGAGGACUAUGAUAAGCGGUGCUGCUAUCAAGGCUGGUUUCGGAGCAGGUAUCUUGGAGGAUGAUCCAGGAACGAAGAACCAUAAGCUUUAUUUGGUGUUGACUGUUGGCGGAUCAGAGGCUGAAGGGAAUGGAGGUGAUAUUACGGGAGUGGUCAAGGGAAUGGAGGGUGUUGAUGUCUUGGAUGCGCGAAGGAAGCAUCGAGAAAAGGGAAGAAAGGAACUGAAGAAGGGAAGCAAAGCGUGGAUCUUGAGCAAGAAGGAGCAGAUGGAAAGGAAGGGCAAGGUGGUGAAGAACAGCUCGAAGUACACGGGGAGAAAGAGACACAUCGCUUUCUAGAGAGCUGAUGGAUUGCAUUGCAUGGCGUUCGGGUACAGGAUGAUAUCAAAAGGGGCUCCAGUGAUGCCCCAUCCAUGAGUCUUGAUUUCUUGAUUUGUUCUGUUGCUGCUAGAUUGUACUGGCGUCUUGGCCUGGUGGAUGCUUCUGUGAGUAGACUAGGUAUACAAAACAAUUGAUCCGACAGCCAACUCUCUUCCCC